AUGUACCGCAGUUUUCCUGCUACUCGCAUCCAGCUGCGACGCCGGCGACAGCUGCAGUUCGCCGGCAACUUCGUCGCUGCCAGCAUGGAGGCUCCAGGCGGCGUCAGGAGCAUCGGAAAAGGUACGCAGACAUCGUGCAGCGCCACUGACAAGCACGUACCCUGGUGGCGCCAGAGGGAUGCUCUGGUCCUCGCGGCCUGCCUUACCACCCUGGCGAUAGUCAUUCUCAUCGUCAUUGUCACGCUCACCACUGCCCAGGCGUCUGACGCCGCUAGCGAGCACAACCACACGGAAAAUUCAACGGAGGUGUCUGUCGAUGCAGAGUUUAUUCUGCCGGAUGGGCGACCAAUUAUACGCAGGUCGGAGUGGAGUUCCGUGCCGCCAGAUUAUCGGAGAACGCUGAGACACCCCACGCCGUAUGUGAUCAUCGGUCACACCGCGGAUAAUGUUUGUAGGGGCAAAGACGAGUGCUUCGUCCUGUUGCGCAUCUACCGCGAUGAACACCGUGCAAAGUGGUUGCAGCCGGACAUCACGUACAACUUUCUCAUAGACGUGGAGGGCAACGUGUAUGAGGGCCGUGGCUGGGACACCACCAAUAACUACCUAUCCUGGGCGAAGCGUUGCAACCUUGGUGUGACUCUGAUGGGUGACUUUAGGACGGACAACGUGACGACAACGAUGAUGCAGACGCUGCUACAGCUGCUGGACCUGGGACUGAGCUUGGGCAAAUUGGACCCGAACUACCGGUUGGUGGCGCAAAACCAGGUGGACGCUUCACUUAGCCCCGGAAAUAACGUACUAAAAGUCAUCGAUACGUGGCCACACCGGUGUCUUUAUGAUUGCAACGUGGGUGUCCAGUGUAUCUACGAAGAUAACGACGAAAUUGACGCGUAAACUUUCAGCAGAUCUGGAGCGCAUCAUUCUUAAACGAUAUUGUUAACCCUUUAGUUUUUUAGGCACUAGGCCAUACGACAAACCAACAUCAGGCUGACUUCGCUACAAGAACCGUCAUAUGACGGACCAGUGGAAGUUGCCCUCACUGCAAGUGAAACAAAUAUUUUAGGCUAUUCAGUGUUUAUGAAGAGGCACUUAUUAAAUGUAACCCAGCCUGUCAAAGUCUCAGUUUUUUCCUUCUUUUAAAACUUCAUUUUCUGACGAUCUAUUUUUUGGUCAUAUUUAUAUUAAAGUAUCUUCUUGUGUUUCUAAACUGUCGAUUAAUAGUGAAAUGAAAUAGUAUGACCUCAACAGAACGAAAUUUACUAACACGUACACGCAUUUGUCAAUCAAAAUUAAUAUUAUAUUGCAUAUUAAAAGUAAUAAUAAGUACCAGUAAUCUGCAGGUUAAAACCUAACACUCAACAUAUAUAGGUACUUCUUUCGUAGCCAAUACCGGUCUGAAUUGCGGAUCCAAAAAAAAGGAUGGGAAAUAUGUAAUUUGUUUCGUCGCGUCUAGUCUCGUGCCUGUUGUCUGUUACAUUUCCGUUCGACAGCGGAGCUCGCUCGGGUGGACGAUUCCGAACCACAUAUGACGUCACACUGGACGUCUGUCGCUGUCGUUGAACGGUUAAAUAUUAAAUAACAUACUGAUGUAAUGUCUCGAAGGUAGGGUUCCUAAUAGUGUAAAAUUUUGUAAAAGGUGCCAUGGUCACUGUUAAUUGUGGAAUUUGUCGUCUGAACAACUCACUAUUGAAAUUUCUGUCGUGUGACCAUUAUCAAGUGGAAAUAAUAGUGCUUUAGCACAUGUCAGACCCUAAAAAAUCAUCCUAGUGGCUUUGCGCUCGACUAAUAUAGAUUCUUUGUUACAGUUGAAUAACAAACACAACAAUAAGACGACAUGCACGUAUGUCGCACGAUUUUUAGUUAGUGACCUGGCCUCAAACACAAUUACUUCCAUUUGUUAAAUUUCAAUAGCUAGUUGUUCAGAUAAAUAAUUACACAGUCAAAGGGAUCAUUAUGUCCUUUGCAAAACACGGAUUUAAAUUCUGACUACCCAUGCUACUAAUGGAUUGAAUCUCUAAUAUUUUAUCUGUGAUAUUUAUAUAAAACAGUGAAAUCAGUCAUCGUUAAAUAAACGGACACAAAAUAAUACGACAACGUGAUCAGUUUCGCAACACAGGGCGUUUCCGUGAUGAUGGAACAAAUUUUCAGAAACGAAGAAGAAAGGCAGGUAUACAAAACUGAAACACUGGACCGAAAUCGACCGAGCUGAAAAUGAGAAAAUUUAACGUUUAUUGUUCUUCUGCUGUUUCUGACGAAAAAAUCCACGUAGAAACAUUUCCACACUACAUUUGUUUCUAAAAUUGAUACAAAAUGCGAAAUUCGCAGUUAUUCGAAGUGGCACCUCGCAACUUUUAUACAGUCAACUUUUAUGCAUACAUAGCUCUUUCGUUUCAAUUGAGCAUCUUCGUGUUGUACUGUAUUGAAUGGGACUGGGGAUCUAGAAACAACGGAGAGGCUUCGUCACCACCGUAGCCUCAGUGGUACACGACCCCACAACAGGCUACGGCAGUCCACUCAUCCCUCUGCCGCCCCACACCGAACCUAGGGUUAUUGAGCGGUUCGGCCCCCAGUAGACCCCUCCCCCCUCGAGAAUGUCUCUCACCAGACGAGUGUAACCCCAAUGUUUGCAUGGUAAUGACGGUGUACGCGUACGUGGAGAAAGUGUUUGCGCAGCAAUCGCCGACAUAGGGCAACUGUGGCGGAAUAAGGGGAACCAGGCUGCAUUCGCCGAGGUAGAUGGAAAACCGCCUAAAAACCAUCCACAGACUGGCCGGCACACCGGACCUCAACACUAAUCCGCCGGGCGGAUUCGUGCCGGGGACCGGCGCGCCUUCCCGCCCGGAAAGCAGAGCGUUAGACUGCACGGCUAACCGCGUGGGCGUCUUCGUGUUACUCAAGCAGUAUUACACUCAGUGAGCGUUUCUGUAAGGAGGUGUCUCGUGUACAAGACUUUUCACAGGGAUGUUAAAUAAAAAGCACUGCAGUUAUUGUUGUAUAUCCUAUAUAAAAGGCACAAUCGGUUUUGUAAUUUAAAUUACAUUACCAAGUGCAAAUCUGAAUAACAAUAAAGGAAGAGACUGUAAACAGUAUCACGUAAAGACCAUAUCACAGUGAUAAAAUAUUUCUUCCGACAUGAUGUUUGUGAUAUGGGAUCAUAUGAGAGCAUUAUGUCACAACUGUUAUAAUUAAUUACUAUGGGAGUUGAGAUGAAAAAAUAAGUGACUGAUGAGAGAAAACAGUGUUUUGUAAUUGAGUGGUUAUGGUAUGGUGUCACCAGACCCCUCAUCCUGUCGCGUUAAUUUCUUCCUUGACUCUAGGGGUAGUCGUAUGCAUGCAGUCAACACCGAGAGGAAAUCUCGUCCGAUGGCCCAUCGCCCAUAACAAACUAACUCUUCACUUUAAACAUUAAAAUUACCUCGAUAACUUCUCGUAAAUAUUAAAAUAGCAUUGCGUUUAAAUUUAUUACAUUGAUUUUGUAUUACUAUAUGAGUUUUCCUUUUAGUAUUACAAAUUUUGUUUUUUCCAAGUUGUAGUUGUAGUGGCACUUAUUAGCCAUAUAAAAUUUUUGAAAUUUUGCCUCAAGUUCGUAAUGAAAUACUGCCCUGCCAGCAUGUGUAUGCACAUAUAUGUACUUUUUAAAUAAUAUUACUGUUGUUUGUCAUAUUCGCUAUGUGUAAUUUGUAUUACAAUUCUAACGUAUUUUUCAUUGAAGAUCUGAUAUCUUUUUAUGUUAGUCUUAAACGAACAACUAUCAAUUUUGUCGGAAUCAUGUCCAUUCCAUGCCAUAGUUGUGUAUUUUUUUCUUAUUGUUGAUCUCCAUUAAACAACGAAUGCUAAUUGAUUGCUCAAUUUCCCCUUUUUCGAAUGUUGUACACAAAUUUGUAACAACUAACAUUGUGUAUCCAUUAAUCACUGCUAGGUGUUUCAGAGUGUUGAGCUGUUUAUUAUUUCUUGUUCAUGUACGUUUAAUUACAAUAUCCAUUUUAAAAUGACAUUAAAAUGUGCCUGUUUGUAUUGUGUUGUUCUGUGAUAAUGUCUGU